GGAGUUUCUAUUUCAUUAGUUCUAAUUAUGUGGUUUCUAUUAGGAUUAGUAAUGCGUGUGGAGUGAGCAAAAAAGAAGACCAUAAACACAGGUUUCGUAACUGCAAGGAAGGGUUUCUAGGUUCUCUUCUUUGAAUCUUCUAUAUUCAUGUUGUGUUGUCUAUCAUUCCUCCUAAUAUUUCCGGUCGUAGGACCUAUCAAGAUUUCACAGUCAGAGAAACAAGCAGCCAGAAGGGAGGCCUAGAAUGUGAUCAAGAACCUAAACGCUGCAAGAAAGGAAGUCACCAGCUUAAUCGGGAUAGGUGACAGAAAAGGAUGUUGAGGCCAUGUUCAACGACAAGGAUUGGUCUGUGUUGAAUGCUUUUCAUACCUUACAAUUAGAGGUUGGAUUUGUGUUAUUUUAUAUUUCACUUUUUCCUCGGGAUGGAUAAGUUUUUCUUAUGAAUUGAACUUCAGCCCAUACAUCACCUUAGGUUUCUUGUGUUCAUUUACUUUGCCCACACAUGGACUGAAAUCGAAAUUAACAGUUUAGCAACUUCCGCCUUUAAAAAUUCCAAGUAUUUUAGAUAUCACUUCACCUCCAACUUCACACCAGGCCCCUUAUUAGCACCUUAAAAACAAACUGAGCUGUUCCAUGCACAAUGGUGGAUUUUGCCUUUCUACGAUCUAAUGCUAUACUGAAUUCUCCAUAAUGUUAUGUACGCUGUCUAUUUAAGAUCGUGAGAUGUUAAUUUUGCAACCCGACGCGCAGCGCGGGCUUUCCGAUCUAGUCAUUAAUCAAAGUGAAAGCAACCUCUUCUUCUUCUUCGUGUACAGGUAGGUCACGGCUCACGGGAUUGCCAUGACCGAACAAGAGAAUCAUAUCCUCGUGUAUUUAAUAUAAUUGCAGAUAAAUGUCUUUAAUCAGUUUCGGCAAAGGAACAUAAUACAUAUUUAAUAAUUCAAACUGACCUGCUGCUGCCAUCCUCAUUCAUUCUCUCCUCCUCCUGCUGAUAACUCAUAUAUACUAUACGUGCGCGGCAGUCUCUAUCAAGCAAGACAGCCAUGCAAAAGAAACCUACGCUCUCGUCUGUUGCUCGUAUCCUUCAUUCUUCUGAUUGGAUUCAUGUGUCCUUUGUUAACCGAGAAAGUAACAAGAAAACAGAUUGGGUAGCUAGAAAUGCUCGCCUUAAUUUUCUUCCUCCGGAUUGGAUUACCGUGCUAAAUAUUGUCUUCCCUAUGUUGUAAGCCUCCUCUUAUUGGGUAUGAAUGAAAUGAAUGUUUAUUAAAAAAAAAAACGCAAAAUGGCCGGGCGUGGAGAUAAGAAGAUGAAAGAAAAAAAAGAGAAUUAUUUGGUCAAUUGUGCAAUUGGUCAUUCAACUUUUGAGUCACCAAUACAACCUAGUCGUGUGCUUGAUAAACUCCGGUGACUAGUUCGUAAAAUAUCAAAGUUUAUACAGCCAAUUUCUUUAGUAACUCUAACGUUUAGGGACUAAUUAUGUAAUUGACCUAAAAAAGAAAAAAAAAUAAAGUACCACAACACGCCUCUUUAAGAGUCCCUCUCCAAGCCGGAAAUUAUUAGUUCAAAAAUUUCCCUCCAAACUCCUCAAUUAUAGUCCAGAAAGUAAAUAAAAGAAUUCCUCUUCCUCCGGUCCCCAAAUCUCUCACAUCUCUGCAAUUAAUUCCUUCGCCUAACCAAAUUCUUCUUUCAAUUUAACUUCUCCGUCGUGGAAAUUCGAUCAUCAUUCAUGACCACCACAAAUCCAGACUCUUCAGUUCCUCCAAAUAAUUCCUCCUUGCCGGCCGCCGCCGCAACCGCCGGCCAAGUUCAGCUGCGCAUGUCUGAUUACCUGGCUCUUCCUCAAGACGACGAACCGGACGAAAAGUCUCUCGAAACCCACACCAAACAUCGCGAUCUGAGGAGUUUACUGAUGGGUGAAGAAGGUUUCUUCCAAGAAGAUCGUCGCCGGGUUUCGUACUGUUCGUCGCCGCCGUGCCGUCUCGUCGCCCGGUGGAUGUCCUGGAUAAGGCGGGUGAAGUUCAAGGGAAUUUCGAGGAAGUGUUGCAGGAGAGAAACGGUGGGGAAUAGAGUAGAAGCGGGUGUGCAGCCCAGGUGUUUGACCAAUGGCCUCAAUGACGUGGGUUGCAGGAAGGAGACUUGUUUUAAUGCCGGGAUUGGAGCUUAUCUGCUGUACUUAGUUGCCGCGACGAGAAACGAGCUGGACAGGUUCAACGCUGCCCGGGUGGAAAUGGAGGCGAUUCUACAGAAUGCCAAACAAUUACAACGGAGGCGGAGCGUAGAGGUAGACGGUGGUGACGAUGAUGUUCUAUUUGAAGUCUCGAUCAGAAAAUCUGUAGUAGUAGAAGAAGAUGACGGUGAUGAUGAUGAUGAGUGCGAGGCAGAAUUCCCCACAAAUUUGUAUGCCUUGCCAGCUGCUGCUGCUUCUUCUGCCUCCUCGUCAAAUGUGGUUUCAGGUAGUGAAACCCCAAAAAGGGAGGAUUUUGCAGAGGACAUGGAACAGCUAGAGGCGGAGCUCGAAGCUGAGCUCGAACUGUUGCAGCUUCAAUUGGAUGGAGAUACGUCGAUGGAACAAUCUCAGUUUCUGAGGGUUAAGAACGGGGAUGAAACGGGAUCAUCAAAAUCCUACAGUACGACCUCGACCGAAGAAGAGGAGGAGGAAGAAGUGAUUGAUCCAGAGUAUGGGGAGGAGGAUGCCGAGUGCCCCAAUGCCAUCCACCCUUACGAAUUGGCAAGUAAGCUGCACGAAGUGCUGGAAGCAAGGCAGCAAGAAGAGAUCAGAGAGCUGGAAGCUGCUCUGGAACUGGUGAAGCGGAAGCUAGUAGAAAAAGAGUUGCAGGUCGCUUGGUGGAAAGCCGUGGCUAGAGGAAGAAGGCUCAGUAAUGGUAGUUCACAAGAAGUGCAGAGCUAGCACAAACAACGAAGUAAGGUCAGGUUCCAUGGGGUAAGAAGGUCGAAUCCCUGUUCACAUGGUGAAUCUGUUCAGCAACUUUUGUACAGGGAGCUCUGGUCUCAUGAGCCUUAAAAGGAUCGAAUCCAUGGUCAAUCAGCUGCAGAGCUGUGUGAAAAUGAUUACAGUUUUCAUGGUGAUUGCAAAUGUAAACAGAUUACAGAAUCUGAACGGAUUAGAGUGAGUUGUUGAAAGAUGUUUGCUUAUGUCGGCAACUUUAACGUGUUUUCGGUUCGAUGGAUGUGUUUGUUUGGGGAGCGUGGGCCGUUUGUCUUUGUCAAUGUAGCCUUGUAAUUGGCUCCAAUUAAAAAAUGUUGAAAGAGGUUCUAACUGCAACAAGGUUGGCGGCACGUCUAAACCUUUGUCCUGUCUGUUUUGCCUGUCCCUGACAAGUGACAUAAGUGGACCUUCUUUAAACAAAGAAAAAGAAGAAGAAAAAAUGCUUCUAAUCAAUCAAUUGGUGUGAGAGUUAACAAUAUUCAUUAAUGUUAACAUUAACCAAAUCCUUCAUUAUAGAAAAAAAAAAGAACAUCAACCAAAUCUUUAGAAGAUAAUGGGAUUUGAUUUUACCACCAAGUGAUAAGCCGACUAAUAAAAUGAGGGUUAGUAU